AUGAAAGAGGAUAGUGGAAAAGUGGUGAGGAGGUCUUCUGGAAAUGCAGGGGAACCUGCGAUUCAAGUGAUUUGUUUGGGCUCUGGAGGUGGACCAAGCGAAGACAAUGUCACAGGCUUCCUCGUCCGAUCGACCGCAACGAACUGGGCUAAGAAUUCCGUCAUAGCUGUAGAUGCAGGCUCCCAUCUUGCAUCAAUAACCCGAAUACUUGGGAGGGAUUUUCCACUCGUCUCUGACCCAGAUCCACCAUUACCGACCUCGCGGGCUAACAACGGCAAUGGAAAUGUAAUUGACAUACAUACUGAGUCGCCGUCACCAGGCACCGCGCAUGUCUCACUCUCCGAUGAUGACUCUGGGGCUGAGACACCUGAUUCUGAGCACGAAUUACCAGUUACGAUCACCACACUGCAAAAAGGUGCAUUCGCGGGUUUGCCUUUUCCUCAUCAGAGCGCUAGAGCAAAUGCGCUUCAUGUUGUUAGGGAGCAUAUUUCGACAUACCUCAUCACCCAUCCACAUCUGGACCAUGUGUCAGGCUUCGUCAUCAAUACAGCAGCUUUCCAUAAUACAUCACGACCAAAGCGACUAGCAGCGCUGCCGUUCACUGUCAACGCCAUCAAGAACCACAUCUUUAAUAACAUCAUUUGGCCUAACCUUACUGACGAAGAUGGAGGGGUGGGCCUUGUGACGUUCCAGCGGCUUGCAGAAGGCGGUAACAUUGCCCUGGGUGAAGGAAGUUCAAGAGGGUACAUCGAGGUGUGUGAUGGUCUUGGGGUCAAAGGCUUCAAAGUGAGUCAUGGUCACUGUAUGCAAGGACCAGGCCAUGUACACCGCGGAUCAAACGCCAACCUACUGGAGACAUCAAGUUUACAGCACUCAAAUACUUCUCAACCGUACGGACUAUCAGACGGCCAAGAAGGUCGCUCAAUGAGCUUCUCUGUAGCAACGCAAAGCGCACCCGGCACUCCCGGUUUUAACAGCAGCACAGAGGCCGGUCGACGAGCCAGCGGAGUUACAAUCUCCCAGCCCCAGCAACCGCCAUCCCAAGAUCACUGUGUGAUCGAUUCAACCGCCUACUUUAUCCGCGCAGAGUCCACUCUCACGACCCCGAAACGCGAAAUCCUUAUUUUCGGAGAUGUUGAACCAGAUUCUCUUUCUCUUUCGCCUCGCACACAUCAGAUCUGGAGCGAAGCAGCUCCCAAGAUCGCCGCCGGUAUAUUGAAAGGCAUAUUUAUAGAGGUUUCUUAUACGAAUGCUCAAGCUGAUGCUGUCUUGUUCGGGCACCUAGCCCCACGCCACCUCCUCGAGGAACUUAGUAGCUUCGCCGAGAUGGUAAAAGACAGUAAGAAGAAAUACGAGCGCGAAAAAGAAGAGAUGCGUCUGCAGAAGAAGAAAAAGCGAAAGCGAACCAGUGGCGAUACAAACAAUGCACUCCAACUCGACAGCCUCACCUCAGGCGAGAACGGUCGGAAAGCAAAAAUGGGUGGUUAUCUGGGCGGAGUGGGCAAAGGAAUUGAUUCCCCAAUCUCGACGACGAACUACCAUUCGCAGACUGAUGACGAGGUUAUGAGUGAUCUUCCGCCUUCGAGAGGAGAUACAGGGACGAAUACUCCAAUUCCCUUCCCUCCUCCACUUCAGCAUCAUCAGUCUUUACAUUGCAACCAAAUACAGGAACAGGGACAGGAACAUCAAAAUGGCACGGCCGAACCACAGCACUCCCACCCUUCAGCCCCAGCGGCACUCGGUCUCUCAUCAGUCUCAGCGGAUCAUAACCGCGCCAUACUAUCUGCUGCUUUUGACGCUCCACUCAAAGGUGUCAAAAUUGUCAUUAUCCAUGUCAAGGAUUCUUUCAUGGAUGGGCCGUUGGUUGGGGAACAGAUAUUGAGAGAGUUGAGAGAGGGGGAAGAGGUUUUGCAAGAGGCUGGAAAGGGUUUGGGAUGCCAAUUUGAGGUCAGUGCUGCGGGUGAGAGUUAUUGGUUCUAG